AUGGAUGAAAACAGUGUUACUUUCUUAAACAAUCUUGAUUGGAGAUCCAAGCUGUUUACCAUCAAGGUCAAUGUGUUAAGACUUUGGAUUCGUGUGAAUCCAAAGAGAGAAGUAAAAACCCUUGGUAUUGAGAUGGUGGUCAUGGAUGAGCAGGGGACCCGGAUGCAGGCUACUGUUUGGAGCAAGUUUAUGAAAAAACAUGAAAUUUUGCUUAAUGAACAUGAGCGUUGUUACAUAUAUAAAUCUCAACUUUCUGUCAUUAAGUCAAAUUUAAAACACUUAGAGAAGGAACAUGCUAUUAGCUUAAACUUUGAUACAUCGGUUAAAAAGUGUGAGAACUUUUAUGGAAGUGUAUAUGGUAUUCGGUUAGCAUCGUUUGAGUCCAUAAAAGCCGGUGAAGUCAAUGUCAAGUAUCGACUUGAUUUUAUUGGCUAUGUAGAUGAGUGGUCUGAACCAGAAGUGACCAAAAUGAAGAUAAGAAAAGAUAGCAAAUACAUGAACAUGCAAUUGCUGGAUGAAGAGGGAAUCAAGUUAAAGUGCACUUUAUGGGAUGAGUAUUGCGAUCAGAUAUUUGGUUACAUUCAGAGUCAUAAAGAAGAAGUUCAUGUUGUUCUGCUUGUGCAGUUUGGUAGUUUCAACAAGUAUAAAGGUUUGUUGAGAAGAUAUGUAAAACAGCGUCUAAUGCUAUGUGAGCUCAUAGUUCAUGGUACGAUGAUGAGUGUGGAUGAUAAAGAUGAUUGGUACUACCUUGGUUGUGAUGAGUGCAAUCGGAAGGUGGAGACAACAUUUGUCAUUGAGGAAGAUUGA